AUUCAUACACUGAGGGAGUGACGUCUGAGGAGGGCUGAAAUUACAUAUGGUUAUGAGAGAGGAAAGAAAAAGUAAGCCCAAUCAAAAAAAAUAGAACAAGCCCUUGGGGGAGUCCCUUGGGGGAGUCCCUCCCUUGAAUUAGAGGUAGAGUAUCUAUAUGCUCGGACAUAAAACCCAGACGAUGGUAGAGGGUUGGUAAAGAUGGCGGCGCUCUCCGUGGAUGGGACGUAUGGACUGAAUUGUGGCCGACGGAAUACAGACCACGUCACUGUAUUGCACGUCAAAUUGACAGAGACAGCUUUCAGAGCGAUAGAAAAGUACCAAACCUCUAAGAAUGUAACGUCCUCGUGGCCAACAAUGCAAUUCAAGGGACUCCAAGGGCGUAUUAAGAUCCCAAGGACUGACUCUCCAGAUGGAUGUCAGAACUUUGACUUCUACCUGUCCAAUGUGGGCAAGGACAACCCUCAGGGAAGCUUUGAGUGCAUCCAACAAUAUGUGUCCAGUUCGGGGACCCCGCACCUGGUGUCCUUGGGGGUGGUUCAAGACAAAGUCACGUUGUGUGCCACCAACGACUCCUACCAGGUGACUCGGGAGCUUAUGACGCUGGCUAAGGAGGAUGGAACCAAAGUCCUCAAGCAUGGAGGCCAUUUCAAAGGUAAGAAAGUCCAGAUCCGCAAGCCAGCGCCGUCAGGCUCUGAACCAGUCGCGGAGCGCAAACGCUCCACCCCCAUCAACCCAGCCAAGACCAUCCGCAAGUGCCUUGCCAACAACCUGGUUUCCCAGCGCCCAUACCGCGACCGCCUUGUCCACUUGCUGGCGUUGCGCUCCUACAAGAAGCUGGAGCUACUGGCCAGGAUGCAGCGGGACGGGGUCAGUCAGAAGGACCGCAGCUCUCUUGGGAGUACCCUGCAACAAGUGGCCAACCUGAACCCCAAAGAUAACUCGUACACUCUGAAGACCUUUGUGUACCGUGAGGUGCAGAGGGACUGGCUGGGCUACUCUGAGGACGACCGCGUUCAGGUCAAUGGGAUUCUGGCACGGAAACUGGGCCUUCCCACUGAGCCGCUUUCCUCCAGCGGUCCUCCUAAAAAUGGGUUCCCGGGUUCCCCACAGAAGUGCCAGCCCGAGUUGCCGAGUCACUUCACUGACCCCUUGAUGCCCAAGAAGCCCCGCAUUUCCCAUGUCACCAGCCAAGUGCCACCCACCACCCCCACCUCGUCCUCUAGAGUGCGCCGCAGCGCCACGAAGGGGGACAACAGCCACCACAGCGCCGCUCCCACCACCAAACGCUCGUCUCUCCUAGCCAGGCCCACCACGGCUGGCCCGCCCCUCAACCACCUCCCCCACCCCUCCCAGCUGCCUGUUUCUCACCUCCGUCUUAUGUCUCAUCACCCUGGCCUGGGCUCCAACUCCAGCUCGCCCAGCACGCCUGAGGGCCGUGGCACCCAGGACCUGCCCCUUGACCAGAGCUCAACCUGCCUGGACCCCUCCUCACCGAUAGCCAGCCCCCCAAGCAGGACUGCCGACCGCUAUGGCUCCGGCAUGCUGCCACAGGCCAGCUCCAGCCGCCCAGCCCUCACCAUCUCCUCUUCAUCAACCUCUUCCUCUACCAUUAUCCCCCCUCCCUCGCCCAGCAGUAGCAAGAAGUCAAAGAAGCACAAAGGGAAGGACAGAGAGAAGGAGCGGUGCAGGGAGGGGCACAGCAUCACAUGCGAUGGCGUCAGCCCCCCAGAGGUACAGGUUGAGGACGGCCAAAGGCCCAGGAAAAGACACCAUGCCAACGGGGAGGAAAGACGAAGGCCAGUCAUCCCCGCCAAAAGCCUAUUCUGCUCAGACGAAGACAAUAAAAAGAGGCCAGUCCACUCCACAGACUCCUCCACCACUGUUAUGCCAGAUUACAUAUGUAAGUACAUGGCAGUGGUGUCCAUGGACCAGAGGCAGACUUACAAGGACAACUUCAAUGCAGAGUAUGAGGAGUACCGCAACCUGCAUGCCCGUGUGGAGAAGAUCACUCGCCACUUCACCCAGCUAGACGCUCAGUGCAGGAGGCUGCCGCCUGGCACCAAAGAGUACCAGGAGGUACAUGAAGACGUGAUGAAAGAGUACAACAAAAUGAGACUAGACAAUGUCCCCUUCCCUUCCCUAGGGCAUUGGGAUAUCCUUAGACCAGAGAGACUGCCCCCUACUGGCCCUCCAACACCACUUCCAGCAGCAGCUGGUCUCCCAACCAGGACCGACCCUGCUUGGCUUAAGAAGCAAGCCAGCAGUGGGAUGCAGGAUUGUAUGCUGCUGCACAGCCCAAACUACCAGGUGGAGAAGCAGCGCUGCGAGUACCUGCACAACAAGCUGGCCCACAUCAAGCGCCUCAUCGCUGACUUUGACCAGCGCAGUUCCCAAUCCUGGAGCUAGAGCAACAGUUUCAAGACCACACAGUUUUGAGGUGGUUUAAGGGGUGUGCAGAGCAAGGGGGUUUCAACUGGCUUUUAUUUAUUCAGACCCCCCUGUCUCUGCUGCCCCCCCCCCCCUUCUCGUAAUGGUUUCUCCUGAAGCUCCUCUUCAAUUAUACAACACUGGACUAGAGGAAGGGAACUACAUGCGUGUGGGGGUAGGGGGAUACUUAACACUUCUAGCCUUUGAAGGACUUUAUCCAAAAAUUAAACUUAUUUUUGAAAGCAGAGAAAAUAUUAUACUUGUAUUUAAGUUAAAAAAAAAAAAGUAUUUAUUUUUGACUGUUCAGGUGUGUGUGUGGUCCACACGUGAUUUAUUGUUUAAAAAGUUAAUAUUUUCCGAAAGCAAUGCAGAAAACAUGGGCCUUAUGUGUUUGACUUUCUGAAGCCAUUUUGCACACGAGAGGAGAUUCCGAGUGGCUCAGUGGUCUAAGACACUGCAUCUCAGUGCUAGAGGUGUCACUACAAACACUGGUUCAAAUCUAGGCUGUAUCGCAACUGGCCUUGAUUGAGUCCCAUAGGGCGGAGCACAAUUGGCCCAGCGUCGUCCAGGUUUGGCCGGUGUAAGCCGUCAAUGUAAAUAAGAAUUUGUUAUUAACUGACUUGCCUAGUUAAAAAAAAGAAAAUCCAACGUAUCGUCCCAAUUGUCAGCAGUUGCUCAUCUUCCCUUCACCCUCUUCCUUCAUGGUGAAGUAGAUGGAGAGGAAUCCACUUUAGACCAUUGAGACGCAACACCAAUAUGGGUUAUAAGGGCCAUGGGGGGGUUACAUUUAGGAGGAUCAUACUCUGAUAGCAGGGGGGCGCUACCUUGCGCAACAUCAGUGUUUCUGCUCUCUGUGCAAAAGGGUGCCUUAAGGUGUUAGUUUACAUGGGGGAAUUAUAACCACCUGGCUACAGGUCUCGCACACCAGCAUGAGGUGUCUGUCUGGGGGGGGUCAAAGAAGGAAUACAAAGGUCAGGGAGGUGUGUGUGUGCGGCUAUGUAAAAUGGGGGGAGUAAGAUUUGGGGGGGGGAACACGGGAGGGUGAGAAAAUAGCUAGGUUUCCAUCCAAUUCAUGACCGAUUUUCAUGCAAAUAUUAUAAAAUCGUCGGAUAAAAGUCUGCGUGAUGACGUAGUGCACAUUUUAAAAAAGUUUUUGGUUUCCAUCGCAUUUUCAACUACUGAUGGUUUUGUAAGAGAAAUGUUGUGUUUUUUAUAGCGACUGUGCCCACUGGCAGUGGCAUGUGCGCUCCAGCCAACAGCUCCUGGUACAGUGCUAGUAGGCUACCUACAUGAGAGCGUUUUUAUUAUUUUAAUUUGUCAAAUGGCAGAUGCUUGGCUAUCGUUAUGUUACUAGAAUAGACCCUCAAUAUUUAUUGGAAAAGAGCAUCAAGCUCAUCACUGCACUUUCACCACCCUGUGAAGUAAAUACCUUAUUUAAUCUGUAGCAUAAACUGUAUGCUUUCCCGAGGUGUAGUGGGAGGACCACAUGAUAUGAUUGUGUGACUCCCAAGUUUACAUCAAUGGUUAUUAUAUCAAUAUUUGCGCGUAAAGGCAACUGCCAUUUCUCGCAGCAUUAAUUUUAUUGAAACAAAAAGAUCCCACCUUGUCUAGUGUAUUUUGUUUUGUCGACAUUUGGAAAGUUGACCGACAAAUCAGUUGUUGGAUAGAAAACAUGUUUAUGAAAAAGGGGGAAAAGGCUGCUGUAGUCUGUUGUUUGACUAGCCAGAGCACUCAGGAUCAACCUGGCUAAAGUUAGUGUUUUUAAUUGGGGGGCUGUUCUAGUGUUUUUAAUUGGGGGGCUGUUCUAGUGUUUUUAAUUGGGGGGCUGUUCUAGGGUAGCCAAUCUCUGGAAGGACUAGAGCAUUGACUCGCCAGUUUAUUUAAAGGAAAACAGGCUGUUUGAUAAAUUAAUGCAUCUAUACCAGAGGACAAAUCUAUAUUACAAAGACAUGUAUUCUUUUCUCCUUGAUUCCAGUUUUGUCAGUGCAGCAGAACUAUGGAAGAACUGCGAAUAGCAUUUCUGUUUUAGUUUUUGAAUUCAACUCAUGCUGAUUUAGUUUGACAGACAGAUGAAUGCAUGGAUUAAGGAUGACAAUUUCAUGAUAUCAUUAAUAAACAAGGUCUUGAGCUCAAGGGAAAUAUUAUGUUUACAAACCUGUGUUAGAAUGUUUGUCCCCAAAAAGUGAAAUACUGUUCUGUUAUAUAUCUACAUUACUGGUUCAGCCUUUUAUUUAUGAGGCACUGAUACUGGAGACUGGAUAUAAAAUGUGUUCCCUGGAAGGUGACAUUUCUGUUUUGGGGUAACAUUCUAGUACUUAUUUUAACUUUUUUCUCUCUGCUUUCCAAUUGGGGGGGGGGGGCAAAUCCAAAAUUGUAAGUAAGAAACUGAAGAUUAUGCACUCUUGCUGCAGAGCCUCAUCCAACGGAAGCCCCAAUGAUGUAAGGUCUGAUAGUACUGUCAUAUGACUGGGGCUUCCGUUGGAUGGGUCUCUGCAGCGGAGGUAGUGUCACUUUUUUUAAACAGGAAGGCCCUCUUCAGUCACAAUUCAAACUUUGCAGGGACCAUGAGCUCAACAUGUUUUAGAGGGAUUUGUAUACAUUAAAAAUAGUUAUUUGGAGAUCUCUGAAGCAUCUUGACACUCAUGAGUCCCAGCAGACUACUACAGUACAGGGUCCACUCCCAGCAAAAUGGUGACUUUGUUGGAGUUCAGCAGUCUUACUGAGAAGUUGUAAAGGGCAAACGAGUGUUUCAAAGACGUCUCAAUGUUUUGGUGUGAAAGAUGACUGUGAAGGAGUACUGAACCUGCCCACCUGAAAAUGCAUUAAAUCUGUAAAAUAAAAGUCAAGUUGGCUUUACAUUGAA